CCACCCUUGGCCUCUCAGUGUGUGGGCUUCUCUCCGGCCAGCUCCCAACAUGCUGAGGGCACUGCUGCUCCCCUUCCUGUGCCUCCUGAGUCCUGCCAGCGCUGGGAAGCUGCUGGUGAUCCCCAUGGAGGGCAGCCACUGGCUCAGCAUGAAGGAAGUGCUGGCAGAGCUGAGCAAGAGAGGGCACGAAAUUGUGGUUCUGGCACCGGACAACAGGGUAUACAUUGGCUCCUCAGAUGUCUAUGACUUGAAAACCUACCCUGUCCCUAUCAAGAAGGAAGAGAUGGAAGAACAGAUACGCUCAUUUGGUCCAAAGUGCUUUAGUGAAGAGCCUUUCCUGGUCAGAUUUUGGAAUACUCUGAAAGAUUUCCGGAAGAGCGCUUCCAUGUUUGAAUCCACCUGCAGAUCCUUGCUGUACAACAAGGAGAUGAUGAAAUACAUCCAAGACAGCAAAUUUGACACCGUCUUAACGGAUCCCUUCAAUCCCUGUGGGCCGAUCAUUGCUGUUCAGUUCUCCAUCCCCAGUGUUUUCUUCCUGAGGGGUGUUCCAUGUAACAUCGACAUUCAGGCUGCUCAGGCCCCGGACCCGCCGUCCUACGUCCCACGAAUGUUCUCCCUCCAGACAGACCACAUGACAUUCUCCCAGAGAGUGAAGAACUUCCUGCUCUUCCUUUCCGAGUCCUUCAGCUGCAGCAUCGCCUUCUCCCCCUUUGAAGAGCUGGCCUCGGAGUUCCUGCACAGGCCGAUGACGAUGCCGCAGCUUUUAAGUCACGGGUCAGUGUGGCUGAAGAGACUCGACUUUGCCUUUGACUAUCCCAUGCCCGUAAUGCCCAAUAUGGUUUUCAUUGGAGGCAUCAACUGUGGACACAAGAAAGCGUUGUCUGAGGUCAGUGACAGGCUGGGAGAGGGGGAACAAGGGAAGAGUUCUGGCAGUCACACACCUGUGUGA